ACCAAGCAGAAAUUUUCAUCAUUAAAGCUUCAAAAUUUCAAAUUCUUCCACAAUAUCUCCAGCAGGGAGGCAGUUAUGAGUAUCAGUGUCAUUUUUUCACAGACCAGAGAGGGGCUCGGGUUGGGGCUCGACCGGGGCCAAUGAGCUAUGAUCCAGUUGGAUGUCGUGCAGGGGUGUGUUAUGGUCUGCUUCUGGGAACUGGAUUUGGGAAAGAGGGUUAUCAGCAGCUGAUAAGGGUCAAAUUUAAAGGCUGGGUUGAGAUGAGACUACCUUACUUCACACUGGAGUGGGGGGAGCAGCAACAGAGCGCUCACACAGGGUUUGAAGAAUCAUGAAACCGAGAUUGGUCACUGUAUCCGUUGCCAACCUGUUUUUUGCUAUGGGACUUGUUUGCAUGCCUCUAUCGGAUCAGGGGCCCCACAUCGACCACGGCUGGGGCCAGGUGGUCCGCUUCAGGCACCUGUACGCCGCCAGACCAGGACUGCACCUUCUGAUCAGUGGGGAUGGGCAGAUCCACGGCUCUGCGGACCAAACUCAGCACAGCCUGCUGGAGAUCCGUCCUGUGGAUCAAGGCUGUGUUGUCAUCAGAGGAGUAGCAGCCGCACAGUUUCUCUGCAUAGAGGGCGAUGGGAGACUGUACUCAUCGGUAAGGAUUUCAUAUGACAAGCACACCUACAGCAGAGAUGACUGCACCUUCAGGGAGCAGAUCUUGCCAGACGGAUACAACAUCUACGUAUCUGACAGACAUGGAGCGAUGCUCAGUCUGGGAAACCACCGGCAGAGGCUGCAGGGUCGAGACCGCGGCGUCCCAGCUCUGGCCCAGUUCCUCCCCAGGAUCAGCACCCUGGAUCAGGCCUCAUCCCCAGCACUGGAGGUCCCAAACCAGCCAGGGCAGAACACAGCACAAACAGAAGAACCUGUGGAUACCGUGGAUUCCUUUGGAAAGCUCUCUCAAAUCAUUCACAGUCCCAGCUUCCACAAGAGAUGAGAUAGCAGCACUGAGACACCGGUAAAUGGAUGUUUCCUGGGGUGUCCUGCUUUGUCUGAAGCCUCAGACUGCAUGUUGUAGAACCAGGGACCGACUGCAGGUCCAGCCUGCUCCAAACCCAGAGAGGAUGCUAUGACAUCCUGCCAGCACUGUCCAGUCAGAUAUGACCGAACAGAAUACAAGUGCAGAGUCCUGCAGAGUGGAGAGUGAUACUCAUACUGUGCUAAUGUUUCAUCCUCUCACUAUCAGUAACAGUCCAUGCAUUUACUGAACACCUGGAGAGUGCAGCUCUUUCUUCCUGGAACAAAGCUCAGAGAGGGAUGUGUUUGACAUUCUGGUUUGUUUGGAAUAAAGAGAAGGUGGCAUGAUCUGUAACAGUGCAUUAACAAAGAAUACUGCUUACAGAAACUGUGAAAAGGAAAAGAAUGGCACAAUAAUAGUCAGGCAGCGCCACAGCAUGAUAUUAAAGGAACACUCAGACAUUCUGCCAAGUAUUGCCCUUUCACACACAGAAAAACACAUUUAUAUCCCAAAGUGUUCCUUUAACUCAACAAGAAUCUCAUGAUAUGCUGCUUCAUUGAACCUAAGAGGGCUACCUGCAGAUCAGGAUGUUGGUAAACUUACUGCUUUAAAACAUUACUGUAGUUCACUUUAAGAUGACUUACAAAAAAAAGACGGUAUUGUCUUCUUGCUGUAGAAUAGUAUUGUUGUAUUUAUUGUUUAUUUAAAAUGUCCAGCAGUUUGAAUGUGUACCCUCUAUUGAAGGCAUUGUGUUAGUGUUGCCUGUUUGCCUUGUUUGGUAGAAAAUGUUUUGGAAUAAAGUCAUCAUGAUAAA